UCCUGCUUUGCGUUUAUGUGGGAGCCCCGUCAAAAACCUGUCCACAGUGUCCAAGCGCUCUUUUUUUCUUUUUUUUUUCCUUUUCAUACCGCGCCCCCCCUGCAAUGGGGGCGGGCCCCACACUAUGGGAACCUCUGGUGUAACUAAAGCUCCACAACAAAAUGUGUCAUUUACAGAUAAAUUGCAUCUCUGGAGCUCAUCUGCUUGAACUGAAUGUGUGUUAAUGUUAACUAGCAGGCCCCAUCUGAGUCUGAGUGCACGUUUCUUAAACCUCUCAAAUGCUAAUUACCCUGCUGUAGUUUUUCUUAGUAUGAGUAUUUGUUAGUUCACAAGUUACCCUUGUGAAAGCGAGCUAAACUUGUCAGGGCUAACCUACAAAACAAGACAGAUAGCUGCUUUACUGACCUCACAGGAGAAAUUUGUGUGUUAGAGCAGAAGCAUAAAAAGUAAAAAUAGUAGAGACCGUAAUAAACAACAUAAAUAUAAUCAGAAUGAAAGUACCAGAAGCGCAAGAUAAGAGCGUUAUGCAGGAAUUUAUAGAGUUAUAGCAGUGAUGAAAAUGUAGUUUAAAAACAGUAACAGUAAGUCUGACACUGCCUGAAAGAGACGUGAAAAUUGCAUUAAUAAAUGAUAUGUACACUAUUUAAAAAAGCAAAUAAAAAAAACAGCUAAAUGAAGGUUUAAUGCAAAGUACACUUGGGAUUUUAUGCCUGACAGGUGUGUUCACCUGUCACAGCAUGAAGAGUUUUAAAUACAGCUUUAUAGAGAACAGUAGGAAUGAUUUCCUCAAGGGUUCUUUGUGGCAGUGAGGUUGAAUCAGUCUGAGGGAGAAGGAGCUCUGCUGCUUCAGAAGUGUGGAGCAGAGCGGAGCAGGUGUGAUGGGUGACAAAAGAAUAGCUUACAAUAAAUCGAUCUACUCUGUAAUUCAAUCUGCACCACCAGUCUACUAAGCUACGGCAAAGGCCUAGAUGUUUAGAUGAAACCAGAAAAAAGAAACAUAAAAGUCCAACAUGCAAAAGUUAGUGGAGUCAAACUUUCUCACAGGAUGAGAACACCAUGUUGUAAAAUUCAGAAAUGGGAUUUCUACAGCUGACACAUUCAUAAAAACAACAAAAAAAACAUAACGGUCUCUUACAAUUAAACAAUUUCAGUUCAUCCUUCAGCAACUGUACUUAUGCCUGCAUUUUCAGUCAUCUCUGUGCCUUUGUGCUACUAAGAAUCACAGUUGUGGUUUGUCACCUGAAAAGUCACCGCCUUUUAGUUUAUACAGUUUUUUCUGUCAUUACCUCACACAAAUAAAAUAUAUGUAUUGUAACAUUUGCAUAGGGCCAAAAUAAUAGAGAAAAAAAAGAGCACUCUUCUUUCUCUACCCUUUCUUCUCCCCAGAAAAAAACCAAAAACAAAACAUGGACAAACAUGGUUGAGUGAGCUUAGCGUAAACAUCAGUUUAAUUAUCUAUAUGCAAGAAGUUGGCGUGAGACGCUUUAAUGACAGACUGCACAGAGAUUUGAGUGGUAACGUCCAUUGUUGUUCAGCCAACAACAUGUAAGCUGAUGUUUGCCACUUUUAAAUCAGCAACCCUCUAAGACUUGUGGAAGUGUGGACACAAUGGCCUCUCUUCCCUUUUCUCGCAGCAUGCCAACUUGAGAUAAUGGUUUAUUCCUCAUUCUGCAGAGUGGGUGUGAAUACAAAUAGGUCAGUAGCCCAACCCCCUCCCCUUUAACAGAGCAGGCAGCAACAGCAGCAAAGACGCCGUGACGUGGUGAGAGAGCGUAAUGCCACCGAGCCUAGAGCUGCCUUUCAGAGCGAGCUCACAACUCACAGCGCUUCCUUCCGUUCAUCUUCCUCCUCCCCCGUUGCUUUCAUCCCUCUAGCUAGAAGGAUGAGUGCAUGAGAGGCAGCUGAAUGGGGAGGGGGGAUAAGCAUAAAAACCAAAAUCUGAACGAUCUGAGAAGCACGGUGGACAGCAGGCAUGUGAAUCAAAGAGGAAGAACAAGAGGAAAUGAGGAUAAGCACAGAAAGGGGGAGCAAAGCUGAACGGAGACAUGAAGGCUUAUUUAUCAUUCAGAUGUGAAUCCCAUCUCUGCGUGGCUGCUUUGAUAUACACAAUAUGACAGCGGGGACAGUAAAAGGACCCAGGGCUGCAGCUAACUGUCAACUACCGUCUCUCUUCUCUCUUCGGCCACGAGCAAAAGAAGCAGCACACCACAGCUAAAAUCAAGCCUCUAGGGACAAUGCGCCAAGGCAGAUUGAGAAACUGCAAUACCGGAGCGCUCAAACAUGCAUGAACUAGCAGCACAUUUGAGCACGCAUGAGGCAAAAAGCUUGGAUUACCUGGAAAAAUUAAUUUCCCUGGACUGACUACAGAAACCUUUAUCAAUACCAGCCAAAGAAGAGGAAGAUUUGACAUAUGCUGCAGGAAAAAAAAAAAAAAAAAAAGUGUGAGGACAUGGGGCUGUGUGCAUUUAUGAUCUGGCAGGAACAGAGACCGAGAGGCCAGUCGGAAUGUGUGAAGACUGUAAUUUAUCCAGCAGUGAUGAAUACCACAGAGACACGUUUUUAGACUAAAAAAGGCCAUCACUGGGUAUCAACAAAGUGAUUUAUACUACUCAUCAACACAAGCUGAAACCCUGCUGACAACUGGAUUGAAGUGUAACAACUGUCAAGGCUAGAAGUGUCAAAACCAUGCAGUGGAAACGACGCCACUGCUGUACACACACAGCUAAACUUCUGUAUCUGCUCUCUCUGCUGGGUGUACUGUUCUUUCUAGUCCACCAGGUGUGGCUGCCGAGGCUCACUGGUAUGCCAUGGUCGAGAGGGCAUCCUCUGGUGUAUGGAGGUGGAGCAGCUCACAGCACCAAAGCCAAAUGGAACACAAGCGCCCGCCAUUCACAGUGGAGGUUCGUCAUCGUUCCUCAACAGACUUUCAAGGCUGACGCCAACAUCAGCUCCCGCGAAAAUCAGGGAGUUUACCCAACUCAAGCAGACCCAAAUUUUGAGAACGUUCUGGCAGCAAACACAAGCCAAAGAGACGACGCAGACCUCAGCACCACAAUAGCCCACGGACUGUACCCUUACAUCAUUAACGAGCCUGAUAAAUGUGCAGACAACACAGCUGCGCCAUUUCUGGUGUUGCUGAUUGCCACUGAAGCUCGGCAGGUGGAGGCGAGGAAUGCUAUACGGCAGACAUGGGGGAACGAGAGUGUUGCUCCAGCUCUGGGAUUUAUCCGACUCUUUCUGCUGGGGAAAAAAGAUGGUGAACUGGGACUUCUACAACAAAGGAUGCUAGAAGCAGAGAGCCGGAGGCAUCAUGAUAUCAUUCAGCAGGACUUCCUGGAUUCUUACAAAAACCUCACCAUAAAGACACUGAUGGGACUAAACUGGGUUGCAAUGCACUGUCCGCACACCAGCUAUGUCAUGAAGACAGACAGCGACAUGUUCGUCAACACAGAGUACCUCAUUUUUAAGCUGCUCAGGCCUGAACUUGAGCCCAGGAGGAACUACUUCACAGGAAACAACAUGAGAGGCUACGCACCCAACCGAAAUAAAAACAGCAAGUGGUACAUGCCCCCGGAGCUGUACCCAGGCGACAAGUAUCCCACCUUUUGCUCUGGGACUGGUUACGUCUUUUCUGGGGAUCUAGCAAGGAAAAUCUAUCAAGUGUCUUUACGUAUCCGCCAUCUGCAUCUGGAGGACGUGUUUGUGGGAAUAUGUCUGGCCAGCCUCGGAAUCGAACCCACGCCACCACCAAAUGAGUUCUUAUUCAACCACUGGCGAGUAUCUUACUCCAGCUGCAAGUACAGCCAUCUGAUAACAUCCCAUGGGUUUCAUCCCAAUGAGCUCCUGAAAUACUGGCAUCACCUUCAGAGCAACAAGCGAAACGCCUGCAUCAACGCAUUUAAAGAGAGAGCAGGCAGGACACACUUACACAGAGUGACUGGAGAGAAAUCAGCUGAGUGAAAGGACACCGUUACACUCACAUGCUCAUUGUUAAAAAUGAAAUAAAUAAAUAAAAACAAAAUAAAAGGAGAUUUAUAUCUCGGCACAUUCUCUUUUUUGAACUUCAUGUCAAGGGACUUUACUCAUAAUCCAAACCCACUUCAUCCACAACACAAAAUGUGCAUAAAUGUUGGAAAUGUAAAAAACGAAUCAAGUGCUCUAGCCAAUUUUGUACAACAGAGAUAAAAACUGUUUCUACGUCUGAGUCAAACCACUGGAGUUUUAUUUUAUGAAAGAACACGGUGUGCUUCACUGUACAGAAAUAAAGUACUUUUCUGUAAUAAUCAGA